AUGAUUGGCACCUCCAGUUUACUUCUUCUUGCAGCACUCGGCUUUUCAUUCGCCGCUCAGGCAGUCGCUCAGGACGAUGUCGAUCAAUGCGCUCUUGCUUGUAUUGCAAAUGUCGAUGGCACAAACUGUUCACCAAGCGAAUGGCCAUGUCUCUGUGCAAAUGACAUGUAUAUUGAACGAAUGAACAAUUGCACCAUAGCAUCUUGCAAUGCUACAGACCAACAAGACACAUUCAUGGCCGUUGCACAAUUGUGCGCUAUAUUCAGUGUUCCAUUAACAGUCGGCCCUGAAGCCACCGUUUCGAUCCCGUCCUCCGAUCUUCUGUUCAGCACGGUAGCGAUACCUACCCAGUCAACCUUACCUGCUGUGAUCACUUCGAGCACGUCCGGUGCGACUCCAACGUCAGCAUCUGAGACUCUCCAGUGUUUCGAUGACCAGCUCAGUUCCGCCAGUUUCAGAGUCGUCUUCGAUUCCACCACCUUCCUCGCCAGGCGCGCACACGAUAAGCUCGUCCAGUGCAACGGCCGCAUCUUCGGCGCCGACGAAUGGUUCAACUCGCUUCAAUCAGCCCUCGAAGAUGAUGGUAAUCUCAACCGUGGUGUUGACAAGCACCCUCAAGUGGAUGUUGGCGUGGUAGUCAGCGAGAGGGACAAUGAUAUUGUCUCGAAGAGAGAUGCUGAAAUUGUCGGUACCGAAGAAGCGAAAUCAAAGUAG